UAGACCUGUUCACAUGCGUAUAUCAGUGGCAGGACUAACUCUGGUACCUUACUGAUGGUCUAUGCCUGCCUUUCAACACCUAUGGCUACUAGUACCUUGGUAGCUCGACGCCUUAGGACACUUUUCUGGAAUAUUGGAGAUACACGGGUGAGCAACGAAAAGCGAACAAUAAGUUCAGCGUCAUCAUGACACUAUAAACGACAUCCGUCACACCCUCCAUUCCAGGGUUUAUAUACAGGCGACAGACCUUCCAAAAAAUUACUUGAAACCUCCAAAGAACAAUCACUACCAUAACCUCCCAACAAUAUAGUCCCAGAAUGUCGCCCGGAAACCAACCUCCGACCGCCAUUGCGACGGAGCAAACACCCGCAGAAGAGCGUAACAUCGCAGUGGCAAAGGAGUACAUGUCAAUCGCCUACUCCCCAACUGAAAACAAAGGCGCCGAGUCAGUUCGCCACCUUUGUACCGCCGAUAGUUGGUUCUGGAGCCCUUCUACCUUCCCGGGAUGUUCCACCCCAAUGGAUUACGCUGAGUCUCAUGCGCAUGUAAUGGCGUCUGUGAAUGACUUGCACAUUGUGCGGUAUGAUCAAGCAUGGGCUAAGGAUGGUCAUGUGCUAUUGCGAUAUACGGCGGAAGGAUCUCACUCGGGGAAGCCUUAUCAAGGUAUUGAACGGUCGGAUCCACCGAAAAAGGCACGAUGGAGCGCUGCGGCUAUCUUUGAGAUUCAGGAUGGGAAGGUGAAGAGCUUUACGAAGGAUUGGGAUCAGAAGGUCAUGCAGAUUCAACUCGGCUGGGCACCGGUUGGUGAGAGCAAGGAUCCCCGGUGGGAUCCGGAGAUGCUUGCACAGCCUGAGCUAGCUCGAGAUAAGAAAUAGUUAUGCAGGGCUUUGGAAUGUGUAUGUCGUGUCACAAUUUUCGAAGUUAUAUGUUGGCUGAAUAUAUAUAUUCGUGGCAGUCGCGUGUGAUACACAAUGAAGUAAAU